AUGUCUCCUCUUUCCAGGCAUGCCCAACAGGCCAGCUUGCUCUUAAUAGUAUCAUUAUGGGCACCUCUAGCCGCCGCCCUGGACAUCGAAUAUUGUGCUAGCUACAAUACUGGCGAGACCCCCAGGAAUACGAGCAUUUACCAGACAAAUGGCCUUUGCCAUGAUUUCUGUAUCGAUGACUGGGCAUACGCCAUCACCCAGGACAAGCUAUGCUGGUGUUCAAAUUACGCACCUGUGAAGUCAACCCACGAGGACAACUCCAAGUGCGAUACUCCUUGCCCAGCGUGGCCUGAUGAAGUCUGCGGUGGUAACGGAGUAUACGGAUAUGUGUCUCUAGGCAAAGUCGAGCCUUCCGGCUCAAGGGGCCCUUCCCCCUCAUCAACCAAAAAUACGGUGACUCUGAAGCCAUCAUCCACAUCCACAACGACCUCCACGUCCACGUCCAGCUCGGAGCCAGAAACAACCUCAACUACCGAAAACGAAACCUCAGCUACUAGCACAGCCGAGGAUGAGUCAACUACAUCUAGUUCGCGCACUUCUGUUGUUCAGACUGUCACUGCUGGCGGUACUAUCAGGACCGUCACUGUGGCAGCGCCGACGGAGACUGGUGGAACAACCGCAAGCGAACACACCAAUGGCGAAACUACCGAGAAGAGUGGACUUGGCACUGGCCAAGUUGUCGGCAUCGUGGUAGGCGUGAUUGCAGCAGUCAUAGGUGCCGCUGCCCUCGCCCUAUUCCUGUGGUUCCGCCGUAAGAAGCAACAGAACGAACAAGAAGCCUAUCAGGACGACCCCAGUGUUCGAGAUAGCUCCUCGGGCAUUGCACGACCUGAUAUGAGCAUGGCUGGAUCACCCAUUGCAUCAGCCGCGGCAGGAAGCCGUAACAGUACCUUGCAAGUCGAUCCUCGAAUGGAUCCAUUUAAGCAAGGAUUGUACGUUCGAAGCGCAAGUCAUGAGAGUAUCAACACAUUGCGAGAUGACCACGACUAUUCGAGGAGGAUUCAGGCACCGAAGGUGCUCCGUGCAACAAACCCCGAUCCAACACCCGAACCUUGA